AGGAGUUGGCUCUCCCUAGCGCCUUACAUCUGGGGCAUUUGAGCGGAAUGCCGUUCCGCAGUCCCAAGCACAUCUCCAACCCCGGAUUUCAGAACAGCAUCGCCAUGGAAUUUCCCCGCACUUUUCGACGAUCUGCGGACCAAUCCUCGACCCUUGGUUAUAAAAUAGGAUUAAGCUCGCCUCCGUCAUUUUUCAUUUAUCAUCUCGCCUAGGGUCUUCGUCGAAUAAACGUGUGCGCCUUCUUGGCAAAUAACAUCCCCCCAAGGGCGGAAGACCGGCAAGAAAAUGCGGAAUUUCAAUGCUCACGCACUCUGAGUUUUGCGGGGAGAGCUGAACAUACUGGGUUACUUGCAGCUCAACGUGUAUAAAAAUGACCCGAUUACCUUACAAAAUGUAACUGUAACCCUACCAUCACACCACCUCCCCAGGAGACAAACAACUACAUCUGUAAGCCAUGUCUACAGACCUCGAAAAAGUAGAUGAUUGCACAAUAGAAGACAUCAAAUUCCCCUCGGAGACACCAGACAGAUCCGACCGUGAUGCCGAGAAACGACUUCUCCGCAAGUGUGACCUCCACGUUGUCCCUAUCCUCACUCUCCUCUUCAUGUUCGCUUUCCUGGACCGUAUCAACAUCGGUAAUGCACGGCUGAUGGGUCUGGAAGAUGACCUGGGCAUGAGCGGGCAUCAGUAUAAUAUCGCGCUGUUUGUGUUCUUCAUUCCGUAUAUUCUGUUUGAGGUGCCAAGUAAUAUGAUUCUGAAGAAGGUGAAGCCAUCAUGGUGGUUGAGUGGGAUCAUGUUUGCCUGGGGUUCGUUAAUUUCAUUGACUUUGCAUUCCUCCCUAGUCUUAAAUGGAUUGAGGGCUCUACCUGAACGUUUCAAUGCUGAUUUUCGGUUUAAAGGUACCAUCACUAUCUGUCAGGGCGUCACGGCCAGCUUUACUGGCUUAGUAGUCUGUCGGGUCCUGAUAGGACUCUUCGAGUCUGGCUUCAUGCCUGGCGCGGUUUACCUAAUAAACAUGUACUAUCGCCGUCACGAACUCCAAUGGCGACUCAACCUUUUCUUCAGCGCCAGCAUUAUCGCCGGUGCGGUCAGUGGUCUCCUCGCCUACGCCAUCAACAACAUGUCCGGAGUAGCCGGGUACGAAGGCUGGCGCUGGAUCUUCAUCAUCGAAGGCCUAGCCACAGUAGUGAUAGCAGCGAUAUCCAAAUUCCUCAUCGUGGACUGGCCUGAGUCGGCUAAAUUCCUGAAUGAUGAUGAGCGAGCCUUACUUCUCGCCCGUCUGAAAGAAGACCAGGGCGAAGCGCGAAUGAACCGACUCGAUAAGAAGUCGAUGCGGCGAACAUUCUCGGAUCCGAAGAUUUACCUUGGUCCGAUAAUGUACUUUGGCAUCGUAAAUACAGGCUACGCCGUCUCCUUCUUCACCCCCACAAUCCUCCAUCAACUCGGCUGGACGGCAGUCCGCGCCCAAGUCAUGAGCAUCCCAGUGUACGUCGUAGCAACCAUCACCACGCUCUCCGCUGCCCUCCUCAGUGACCUCCUCCGCCACCGCUACCUCUUCACUCUCGCCGGCUGCCUGAUAGCAACCAUGGGCUACGUAAUCCUGCUGGCGCAAUCCACCGUCCCCGUCGGCGCGCGCUACUUCGCCAUCUUCGCCGUCACUAGCGGCGGGUAUCUGACGCAGCCGAUUCUCAUGGGCUGGCUAAGCAACAACAUGGCGGGCCAUUACAAACAAAGCAUCGCGUCGGCCAUGCAGAUUGGGUUCGGAAAUUGCGGCGGGCUGGUCGCCAGUAAUAUCUUCUUUGAGGAGGAGGCGCCGGGGUAUCGCACGGGGUAUGGGGUUAGUUUGGGCAUGACGUGGAUUUGCGGGAUUGCUUGUGUACUGUUUCUGGGAUAUUUGAUCAGGGAAAACCGGGUGAGGGGGAGGGGUGGGAGGGAUUAUCGGUAUCAGUUGCCCAGGGAGGAGUUGGAGAAUUUGGGGGAUGAUUAUCCUGCGUUUACGUUUACUUAUUGA